AUGAAAGAAAAUUCACUACCCCCAUUUGUGGUUAUGAAACUUGAACUCCAAGACAGUAAUAAUGAGGUGGAAUGUAAAAUGUUGGCUAAGAAUAUUAAUUCCUCAGACACAUUUGCUAGCAUUAAAUUUAACAUUAAUGUGGAAGUCGAGAAAGAAGAACAAACAAAAGAAUCACAUGGAGGAGGAGAAUUACAAAACGCAGGAGGAGUCGGAGAAGAAUUACAAAACAUAGGAGGAGUGGGAGAAGAAUUUCAAGAUGUAGGAAAAGGAGGAGGAGGAGAAUUACAAGAUGCAGGAGAAGGAGUUGGAGAAGAAUUACAAGACGCAGGAGGAGUUGGAGGGGAAUUACACAACGCAGGAGAAGGAGUAGAGUUACAAGACGCAGGGGAAGGAGGAGCAGAAGAAUUACAAGACUAUGGAGAAGGAGGAGGAGAAGAAGAAUUACAAGAUGCAGAAGGAGUAGAAUUACAAGACACUGGAGAAGGAGGAGGAAGAGCAUUACAAGAUGCAGGUAAAGGAGUAGGAGGAGAAUUAGAAAUUGCAGGAGGAGAACCCUAA